CGCCCCCCCGCGGCCCCUGUCAGGACGGCCGGGCGCGGGCCCUCACGCGUACCUUCGGCGGCGCGAGCCCCAGCCUCCUCCUCCUCCUCCGCCUCUUCUUGCCUCCCCCCCCUUCCCCGCCCCCACGGCCACCAACCGCCGCCACGGCCGCCGCCGCCGCCGCCGCCGCCGCCCCCCCCACAUGCCCUCCGCCCCUUGCGCGUGCGCCUCCCACAAUCCCCCCCGCCGGACCGUUCCAUUCCGGCCGCCGCGGGAGCGGGACGGGGGAGGCCCGGCGCCGCGGCGGGGCCGCCGUGAGGGCUGCAGCCCGGGCGAGCGGCGGGCGGGGGCCCGGGACGACUCACCGCCGCGGCCGCCGCGCCGCGCCCCCGACGCUGGCUUCCGCGCUCGGCCGCCGGGCCGCGGUGGGCGCGUCGAGGGCGGCCCGGCCCCCCCCCCCCCGGCUGGCGGGUGGACGCCGCGGCGGCUGCGCGCUGAGCAGCUUCCUGCCGAACGGGCCGAGCUCGCCGGGCGUCUGCGGGCAGCGCGGGGAGCGGCCGGCCCUCGGCGGCGCGUGCGGCUCGCGGCCCCGGGACCGUCGCGGGGGAAGGAGCCGGCGCUCGCGGGCGGGGAGCGGGAUCCGAGCGCCCACCAGGCGCUCCGUGUGUGCUCUGGGCGACAUCCGUGCGCCGUCUGCUGCCCAGGUGCGGCCCACCACUUCAGUUUGCCUGAGCUCGCAGCCACGAUGCUGAACAGGGUGACAAGGCUUGUCCCCAGGGCCCGGCAGUUGGACCCUGGACAUUUUUUGCACAGGGGGCCCCAGGGCCCCCAAGGCCUUGCUGUUCACCUGGAUGACCGGGUUCCGGAUGAGACCCCCAGAGCCGGUUCCCGCCUCAGCGAGGACGACCCGGCUGGGGCCGGCGAGCAGCGCGAGGGCCGCCACUACCGCAUCCCCCUGCAGGACCUGCCGACCGUCUUCCCCCACGGCCUGCCCCGUCGCUUCGGCCUGCAGACGGGAACUGCUGUGUUAGCGGGAGUCAGCUGGAGCCUGGGGGUGCACCUUGGACCCAGUGGCCCAGCCUCGCCAGAGCGGACAGGGGCUGGGCGUGCAGCAGGGCCCUCUGGCUGCCGGCUCUGCUCCGCGCCCCUCGCCCCAGCCCGCCCUGCUUCCCGGGUCUGCCAGGUGAAGACCUUCCGCGAAGCCUGCCUGAUGGUGAGGAGGCCGGCCCUGGAGCUCUUGCGGUACCUGGACGGCACCAAUUUCGCUCACCCGGCCGUGCGGUACGUGCUCUAUGGGGAGAAGGGGACAGGAAAAACGCUCAGUCUCUGCCAUGUUAUUCAUUUCUGUGCAAAACGGGACUGGCUGGUUGUGCACGUUCCCGACGCUCACCUGUGGGUGAAGAGCUGCCGGGGCCUCCUGCGGUCGGCCUACAACAGGCAGCGCUUCGACCAGCCCGUGGAGGCGUCCAGCUGGCUGAAGAGCUUCAAAACGGCCAACGAGCGUUUCCUGAGUCAGAUAAAAAUUCAGGAGACAUACAUGUGGAAUAAGCGAGAAAGCACCGAGAAAGGCCGGCCUCUGGGAGAAGUGGUUGAGCAGGGCCUGACGCGGGUAAAGAAUGCCACGGAUGCCGUUGGCAUCGUUCUCAAAGAACUGAAGAGUCAGAGCUGCUCGGGUGCUUUCCGUCUCCUGGUGGCGGUGGAUGGAGUCAAUGCUCUCUGGGGAAGGACCACGCUGAAGAGAGAAGAUAAGAGCCUGAUGGCCCCCGAGGAGCUGGCGCUUGUGUGCAGCCUGAGGAAGAUGGUACGAAACGACUGGCACGGAGGCGCUGUGGUGUUGGCGCUGAGCCAGACCGGGUCCCUCUUCACGCCGCGGAUGGCCUAUCUGCCGCAGGAGCUGCUGGGAAAGGAAGGAUUUGAUGCCUUGGACCCCUUUGUUCCCGUCCUGGUCUCCAACUACAGCCCAGAGGAGUUUGAGCGCUGCGUUCAGUACUACCUGGAGAACAGCUGGCUGCAGCAUGAGAAAGCUCAUACAGAAGAAGGGAAAAAGGAGCUGCUGUUCCUGAGUGACGCCAACCCCGGGCAGCUGGAGCGGCUCUGCGCCUACCUUUAAGCCGCGUCCCAGCCCGCACGGAGGACGGGGGACGCUGCCCGUCCCGGACGCCGCCAGACCCGACGCUGCUGGGACGAGUCCGCUCCGGCCUCCAGUGAAGACGGACAUUAGUGCCCUGCAGUGUCCUCUUGUUCCUGAAGCCAGUUUAUUAGGUGGGGUUCUCAGAUUGUAAGUAAUUACGGUCUUUCCGUUAAAUAAAGUAUCUUUCUUAAAGUGUUGUGUGA